AUGGCAGCCACAAUCAGCAUUCACAAGCUCGGUGAGGAUCGGAUCUGGGAAAGAUUGUGGAACAUCGCAGACAUCAAGCUGCGGUGCCUCAGGAACGGCAUCCGCGGAUCUCACCUGGAUCUGGUCUCCAAUGAGCUUGGGGCGCGAGGGAUCCAGGACACCAACUGCUUCCUCACGCACUCCGAACUGUCCCUCCUGUGCACGAAGCUCUGCCGUCGCUGGACUCCUGUCGUGGAGGUCACGCCGGACUUCCACGCCUCGGAGGAGACGGGAGACCACACCAUGCUCGCGCUGGCCGCAGCAGGGCUCCCCGUCGUCGAUCAGGUCAACGUGGAUGUUUCCGAUAUGGACGCUCUCCGCGAUGCGGGCCGUCGGCUGCACGAGCAAGGCUUCCGCUUGAUCACUGUGGAACCCGUGGCCGAGGGCCGCCCCGACGACCGGUCACGGCCCUCCUUUGAUGAGCUGCGACAAAUGCGUCCCCUCAUCAUCCACCUGGGCACACACUACUUCCUCCUCGACUCGGUGGAUGAGCUGCCAGAGUCCUUGAGCCUCGAAGAGGGCUUGGCCAAGAACGAUGGAAACAACCGCAGGCAGAGCUUGAGUGGCUUGUUAAGAGCGCUGUGGGAGGCCAGGAAGGAACAACCUCACAGGCCACAAAGGCACGGCAACGCGCGCCGAAUGACAACGAUGCUGCACACGACACACUUCACGGAGCAAAAGUUCGGCCGCGGCACCUCGAAAGUGCAAAUCAUGGAAUCUGUGUCUCAUGGCGUGGGACGUGGGAGGCGAUCCGUGCUUGGAUGCAGGACUUGCAGGUCUUAUGCAGUGGCAGUCGUGAAGGAGUAA